AUGGGCCGCUCCUGCGCCACCUGCAAAAAGACGGAGCCCGAGGUCAAGCUCAAGAACUGCUCAAAGUGCUUCUCGACCCCCUACUGCGGCCAGGACUGCCAAAGUGCCGACUGGAAAUCCCACAAGAGGACGUGCGGCAAGAAGCAGACUGGCGGCGGCGCCCUGCUCAGCCCGCCCAGGGGCCUCAAGAGUCCCAUAUCCAAGCCCUUCACGCGCCUCGACAACGGCACCUGGCUGCACGACCGGCCCGAGACGGACGCCUACACGCUCCUCAUCGACGCGUACCGCCUGCGCAAGGAGGACGAGUUCUACGCCGGAUGCAACGGCGACGAGAGCAGCCUGCUCGGCAGCAGGGGGGAUUACAUACCGUGUUUGGCGCGGUUCGUGAUCAAGGCGCGCGAGAAGCCGGGCCUGCUCCCGCCGUGGUGGGGCAACGAGAAGUGGGAGGCGUGCGAGGAGUUCGGCCUGAACUGGGAGGGACGGGACGUGUGGGCGGAUUUGGGGGUCCCGGUCGAGAAGAGCGAAGUGGCUGAGCAUUACGGCGACGCGAGGUUUCCGUUGCAGCUGAGGAUGUUCGCGGAGGCGGUAUACGGGAGCGGGCCCGGCGGGUUGAACGGGGCGCCGCUGAGGAAGGCGCUGGUGAGGAUGGAGGCCGAGGCGGACGGGGCCGAGGCGCUCAAGUCGACGAGAUGGAUCGACUACACCAUGUACAACCGGGACUUUUCUCGAUGCUGUGUUUGA